CGGGGCGGGCGGGGCCGGUCCGGUGGGAGCCGCGGGCGCGCGCAGCAGCCGCCGCCGCCGCCAUGGGCUGCACCGUGAGCGCCGAGGACAAGGCGGCCGCCGAGCGCUCCCGCAUGAUCGACAAGAACCUGCGGGAGGAUGGCGAGAAGGCGGCGCGGGAGGUGAAGCUGUUGCUGCUGGGUGCUGGCGAGUCUGGGAAGAGUACCAUCGUCAAACAGAUGAAGAUCAUCCAUGAGGAUGGCUACUCAGAGGAGGAGUGCCGGCAGUACAAAGCUGUGGUCUACAGCAACACCAUCCAGUCCAUCAUGGCCAUCAUCAAGGCAAUGGGAAACCUGCAGAUUGACUUUGGAGACUCCUCCAGAGCGGAUGACGCUCGGCAGCUGUUUGCUCUCUCCUGCACUGCCGAGGAGCAGGGCAUCAUGCCGGAGGACCUGGCCAACGUCAUCCGGAGGCUGUGGGCUGACAACGGGGUGCAGGCGUGUUUCAACCGCUCCCGAGAGUACCAGCUGAACGACUCUGCUGCCUACUACCUGAACGACCUGGAGAGGAUAGCCCGUGCUGACUACAUCCCCACCCAGCAGGAUGUGCUGCGCACCAGGGUGAAGACCACUGGCAUUGUAGAGACCCACUUCACCUUCAAGGACCUGCACUUCAAGAUGUUUGAUGUGGGCGGCCAGCGCUCGGAGCGGAAGAAGUGGAUCCACUGCUUCGAAGGGGUGACAGCCAUCAUCUUCUGUGUGGCCCUCAGUGCCUAUGACCUGGUGCUGGCUGAGGAUGAGGAGAUGAACCGCAUGCAUGAGAGCAUGAAGCUGUUCGAUAGCAUCUGCAACAACAAGUGGUUCACAGACACAUCCAUCAUCCUCUUCCUCAACAAGAAGGACCUCUUUGAGGAGAAAAUUGUGCACAGCCCCCUGACCAUUUGCUUCCCUGAGUACACAGGGGCCAACAAGUAUGAUGAGGCGGCCAGCUACAUCCAGAGCAAGUUUGAGGACCUGAACAAGCGGAAGGACACCAAGGAGAUCUACACCCACUUCACCUGUGCCACCGACACCAAGAACGUGCAGUUUGUCUUCGACGCCGUCACCGACGUCAUCAUCAAAAACAACCUGAAGGACUGUGGCCUCUUCUGAGGGCCGGCGCUGCCCAGGACCCCUGACCGCGCCAGUGAAGGAAGAACCGUGCUGCCCCCAACUCCUGCUUCUCUUCAGUUUCAUCCCUCUGCCCCCAUCCCAUAAAGAGACUUUUUGGGUGCCAGCACGGGGGCAGGGCCCGUGUACUCCCCCACCCCCUCCAUCCUCCUCCUCCUUGCCAGCGUCACCCCUCCUGAGGAAAAAGAGGUUUUAAUCUUGGUUUUUAACCCCCCAAACCACUCCCUGACCACCCGCCCCCCCCGACCCUGGUUAUUUACUCCUGAGUCCUGGCGCUCUCACUGUUUACAUUGCAAGUGUUGCUGGCACGGGGGGGACACAGGAGUCUCCUUGGGGCCACCCACCCGGCCAAAAACACAACAGAAGACAUUCCUUUUAGUAAAAUCAGAAAAGAGAGAGGGGGGAAAAAAAACCCAAACAAACCCAAACCCCCUGAAACGGCGCAAAAAAACCAACCAAGAACCACACCAUGCCCCACCGGCUGGGACCAGGUUGCUUUUUAAAGAAACCUUUUUACCAAACUAUUUAAAAGCAUCAAGUGCUACAUGGUGGCAGUGUCCUCUGUGGCCAGCCCACCCCCAACCGUGUGCCUUGGGGGGGGGGGUUGGGGGGCAGGGGGCUCUGUACCCCAGCCCACCUUGCUGCCCUUCCCUGCCCUGCCACACCGAGGGACAGGCAGCCCCCCGGGGGGCAGCAGCUGGGCAGGAGGGGGGGCAGGGGGGUGCUGCCUACUGCCUGUAUCCCCCCCCUGUCUCCCCCCUUCUUUCUAAGCCUAGUUUGGUAGGGCUAGCUGUUGCUGUACAGAGCGGCCCCUGCUGUCCCCUCCCCACUAAAGCCUCAGGGGGGGGGUUCCCCUCAGCCGGUGCCUGCAGCCUCGCUUUUCCCACAGGAUGUUUUACCGAAUUGUUCACAUGGUUUGAAAUAAUAAAA